GCAACUUGAUGAAGGUCAAGGACGAUGUAAAUGGCAGAACGUGUAAAAUUGAAAGUUCUUUGUUUUUAAUACAGCGUUAGCUAUGGACAAGUAAUUUUACAUAUUUGUGUAUCAAACAAAAUGAACUAUUUGCCUGGUACUGCGAGUCUUAUAGAAGAAAUCGAUAAGAAGCUGCUGGUGGUCUUACGAGAUGGACGGACUCUGAUUGGAUAUCUUCGAAGUAUUGAUCAGUUUGCCAACUUGGUGUUGCACCGAACAAUAGAGAGAAUUCAUGUUGGAAAGAAGUAUGGCGACAUUCCCAGAGGAAUUUUUAUUGUGCGUGGAGAAAACGUUGUGCUGUGUGGAGAAAUUGAUCUGGAGAAUGAGAACAAUCUGCCUCUGGAGCAGGUUUCCAUCGACGACAUCCUUGAGAUGCAGCGCGAGGAGCAGCUCCUCAAACAGCAGGAAGAGGAACGCAAAAAGAAGGCCUUACUAGAGCGCGGCCUGCAGCCCAACGACCACUCAGUGAUGGACGACUUCUUCUAGCUUGUAGUGGACUGGGCUGCAUCCUAAUGACCACUCCAUCAUGGACGACGACUUCUAGCUUGUAGUGGACUGGGCUGCAUCCUAAUGACCACUCCAUCAUGGAUGACGACUUCUAAUUGUAGUGGACUGGGCUGCAUCCUAAUGACCACUCCAUCAUGGACGAAUUCUAGCUUGUAAAGUUGUAUUGGACUGGACUGCAGCCUAACAACCACUCUGUCAUGGACUACAUCUUCUAACUUGUAUUGGAUGCUAGUUGCAGCCUAGUAACUGCUAGCUUAAAUUCUUGAAAGCCAAUUUAAUAGAAAAUAGUAUAUUUACACUGAAUGUGGAACUUUCAGGCAUCAACAUUGUUCUCAUUUCAAACAUUUAGUAGCCUUUAAAUUGAAAGUGUUUUAGUCUAAAUCAUACAUUACAUGUUGUAUGUAUGUAGUAGUAUAACAUUGCAUAUUACUUUAUUAAGAUCAAACUGAGUACUGAGGACGUGUUCAGUUAGACUACAGAGGAACAUCUGUGUCGUGAACAACAUCUUUACUCAGUUUGGCAGACAGCAGAAAACGGCCGGUAGAUAGGUCAGCUGUCUCGUUUUGUUUAUUGAUUAGUAAUUCUACCCAUUUAACAGUUCACAUCUUAAGUAAUUUUCACUGUAAUAAUUACUUCAUGCAGUACCUCAAUGUCACAAAACAAUUUUUUACACAAUGACCAAAUGCAUUAGUUUAUUCUUUAUGUGUUACAGACUCCCAAUUUACGUUUUUUGUUCAGUGGUGAAAGUACUUUGUUUAUUGUUUGUUUGAAUGAAUGGAUGGAUGGUACUGAUUAAUAAUUACCAUGGUGACGAGACAGGGUAAAAGAACGUCUUUUUUUAAAUGUGGAUUUAAUGGGCAUUAAAAGUCAAUAUUGCAGCAUUCUGUUGAAUCAGACCAGUCUGUAGGUCAACCAAAGUACCUAGAAAUGUUCUUUCAAGCUGUUGGUCAUUAUACAUGGGUUAAAUACAUUGUUUUUCAAGAUGUAAUCUUUAACUGGUUUUUCACUUACCUUUGUGAAAUGCAAACCUAAGGUCUGUUUUAAAAUUGAUCACAUGGCGUGGGCUUUGAGAUUCAAGGCAUAUUUUUAAUAUACCCAUCUCCCACAAAAUUAUUUUAAUUUAACCACUCAUCCAUUUCUGAAGUUUAUAUUUUUGUACUCCGAUUAUCUUAAACGGAGUUUUGUAUUGUGAAAGUUGUUAAGUAUGGAAAUUUGAACCACUUGUGUAUUAUUGGUUUUGCUUACAUUUCUGUCAAGAGUGCUGUAUUACUUUGUGUGAAAUGUGCUACUAUUUAACAGAAGUGAUUGUUAAACUAAGUCCUUUGGCAUUGUUAAAUUUUAGAUUUCGAUAUUUGGUGUCCAUUUUCAAAUGUGAUUUAAUGUACCUGGUCGUUAGAUAGACCUAAAGUACAUCAAAUUGUUCACGAUUGAAUCGGGACAGGUUUAUCAUUUUGUAUUGACAUUGGAAGUUGGCGAUUAUUUAGCCUUGAUGACUGUAUAAACCUCUCAUUGCUAUAUCACUUGUUGUAUGUGCUAUGUAGUGGAUAAAUUUCAUGCCUUAUUUGUUGAAAAGCAGAAUUACUUUAACUUAAUAAAGAUUGGUUGAAGCAAGUGUAAAGUUCCUUGCUUCUAUCACACUGAGGUACAUUAUUUUGUUUUACAUUUUUGGUAUACUAUAAAAAUAAAGUCUUGAUUCAG